AAAUUAAUGCAAGUCAUUACAUAGACAUUGUGAACAAUACCCCGUUUUUUUUUAUCUCAGUUGAUGUAAAAUAUUUUUGGCAAUGCUGAACAAAGCUGUUUAUGAUAUACAACCAAUUCGUUUUAUGUAAAUUAAAAGAUAAAAUAUCGCGUCUGGUUUUAAGUGCUACAAUAAUUACAGUUGUCUAUUUUUGUUAGAAAUUAGGAAUGUUAAUUUUUAGUGUUUUUACUGGUGAAGCAUUUAUAAAUAACGUAAGUAACUCCUAAAAAUGGGUUUCAAACCUACCGUGGAGAUUCCGAUUUUCCUGGCAACUCUUUCCUUUAUGUUAACAGCUAGUGUCAGCAACAAUUUACUUAUCUACAGAACCUGUUACAUCGUUCUUCACUACAACAAAACAGAGUGCGCUCUACUAGGAUUUGUAACUAAUAAUGAAACAGAAAAACUGGAGCUUUUGGUAUCACCAACUAGUACAUAUAUAGCUUUGGUAAACACUAUUGUUCAGUCAGUGCUGGGUUCUGUUUUAUGUCUCUUUACGGCACCUUGGAGCGACAGGUUUGGUAGAAGACCUAUUAUUGUUAUGGGAUUUAUAGGUGGUUGUAUUUCGAUGCUAUUUCACAUAAUAUUUGCAGCCUUUGAGCUUACUCCAUGGUUUAUAAUAGUUCCAUCACUCACAGUACUCUUAAGUGGUGGAGGGGCUAGUUUUAUUACUAUUUUAUAUGCCUAUUUAACUGACUUAACCAACAAAGAUGAAAGAGGAUGGAGAAUUGGUAUAUUUGAUUUGGCAAUGGCAGCAGGUGUUCUUAUUGGCAUGAGUUCCAGUUCUUAUUUGCUCAUAGCAACUAACUAUGUAACUGUGUUCAGUAUAGGUGCUGCUUUACAAACAGUCGCCUUAAUAUAUGUUAUUUUUCUUUUACCAGAAUCAUUGCAGCAUAGGGAAACCUCGAAUCUCGUGAGUGGAUUUUUUACGCUUUCCAAUUUAGCAGAAAUGGUAAAAACACCAUUUAAAAGAAGAGAGAACUACACGAGGGCAGUAUUACUUUUAACAUUAUUAAGCAUGCUUCUUGGAUAUUUAGCUAUGGGAUCCGCAGGAAUCUUUUUUUAUUUUGUAAGAACAAAACUCCAGUGGACUUUGACUGCAUUUACUUUGUAUGGGACGGUACAAAAUAUUUUGGGAAUUUUUGGUGCCGUCUUUGUAAUGUAUCUUCUUCAUACCUAUUUUAAAAUAAGAGAAAUUUUUUUAAUACUCGUAGGAAUGUUUUUUUCUAUAAUAUCAACAGUUAUGUUUGGUUUGGCGAAUAGAGACUGGCAGAUAUAUCUAGGUGCUGUGUUAAAUCUGCCGGCUUCUGGUCAAAAUUCUUUACAAAGGUCUCUUGUUUCAAAACUAGUACAUGAAGAAGAAGUUGCGAAAAUAUUUUCAACUCUUUCCAUAGGUGCAAAUGUAUUAGGGCCUUUAAGUGCAAUUAUAUAUACCUAUUUAUACAAUACUUUUAUCAAUAUAGAUCCUGGACUGUACAACUUUUUUACUGCUGGUGUUCAGGCUUGUAUCUUUUUACUCUUUUUGUUAGCAGUAAUUAUACAAUGUAGGGGCACAUCUCAGCCAUACAAGAAUUUUCAAAAUGAAAAUAAUAUACAAGAAGAUGAAUCUGAGAAUAUAAUCGCAUCAAACACAGAUAGUUGUUAAAAAAUUAUUUUAGAUUUGAAUUUUAAAAUUUUCUUAAUUAGGUAAUCUUAGAUUUAUCAACUUUUGCUGUGAUUUUUAUUAUAAAUGUGAUAGUUUUUAUUCAACUGGAAUUGUAGUUUAGGAAAAUGUAUAUAAAAAUAAUUCAAAAGUAUAUAAAAUUUCACUAUUUUGUAAAGGUUUCUCAUAGAAUAAUUUUUUUAUUCUUAUAAAGUAUAAUUUUUUUUCUUAAACGUUUUAAGUUAGUGUUUUAAAGCUAGAAGUACGAACAUAUAUAUUUUUUAAAGAAGUAAUCAUAUAAAUAAAUUUAAUUGACACAUAA